UACGACAGCAAACACACACAAGAUGGCAGCGUUGGAAGACGAGUUUGAAGAUGCGCCUGACGUAGAGCCUUUAGAACCAACAUUGAAGAAUAUCAUCGAGCAGAAAUCUUUAAAGUGGAUAUUUGUAGGCGGAAAAGGUGGUGUAGGUAAAACGACAUGUAGCUGUAGCUUGGCUGUCCAACUGGCUGCUGUAAGAGAGAGUGUCCUCAUAAUUUCUACUGAUCCUGCCCAUAACAUCUCUGACGCUUUUGAUCAGAAAUUCUCAAAGGUGCCCACAAAGGUCAAGGGCUAUGACAACCUCUUUGCUAUGGAAAUUGAUCCUAGCUUGGGUGUGGCAGAGCUGCCUGAUGAGUUCUUUGAGGAAGACAACAUGCUCAGCAUGGGCAAGAAGAUGAUGCAGGAGGCCAUGAGUGCCUUCCCUGGCAUCGAUGAAGCAAUGAGCUAUGCAGAGGUCAUGAGGUUAGUGAAAGGAAUGAACUUCUCAGUGGUUGUCUUUGACACUGCUCCUACUGGCCACACGCUGCGCCUGCUUAACUUUCCCACCAUUGUGGAACGAGGCCUGGGCAGACUCAUGCAGAUCAAGAACCAGAUCAGUCCAUUCAUCUCCCAGAUGUGCAACAUGCUCGGCCUGGGUGACAUGAAUGCAGACCAGCUGGCAUCCAAGCUGGAGGAGACUCUGCCAGUCAUCCGUUCAGUUAGUGAGCAGUUCAAAGAUCCUGAGCAGACCACCUUUAUCUGUGUGUGUAUUGCUGAGUUCCUGUCCCUGUAUGAGACAGAGAGGCUGAUCCAGGAACUGGCAAAGUGCCGCAUCGAUACACACAACAUCAUUGUCAAUCAGCUUGUUUUCCCAGACGCCGAGAGGCCAUGUAAAAUGUGCGAGGCACGACACAAAAUUCAGUCCAAGUAUUUGGAUCAGAUGGAGGAUCUUUAUGAAGAUUUCCACAUAGUUAAAUUGCCGCUGCUACCCCAUGAAGUUCGAGGUGCAGACAAGGUCAACACUUUCUCUAAGCAGCUUCUGGAACCCUACAAACCACCAAACAAGUAAUUCUCUUCCAUGCGGGACCACAGCUACACCACUCCCUGAGCCCAAAGACCACGCCGCCCAACAGGCAUCUCACCCCCAGUAAUACUAAACCCAUUGUGCAAACCAGAUCGUGUGAGGCAGACACGCUUGAGUUUGGUGCUGCCUUGCUGUCCUCUCACAUUCAACGCUCCUUCCGCCAUAGCAAUUGUACGAUUUCACUUUAAAAUAUUUAACUAACUUUCCUAACUCCUUUCCUCCAACUUGAGCAUCGUCCUCAGUUUCCAGUAACGGUGCUUCUUAUUCUACAAACGGCUUUUAAAUUGUCCUGGUUUGGUAUUUGUCUUAUUCUAACUCCCAUUUCUGGCAGCCCAGAUCACUGCAGUGUCAUUGUGUCAGUACAAAAUUUGUCAGCCUUUAAAAAAAAAUAAACUCACCUGUCAUUUUUUUACAUAUUUCCCUCCGUCAAAACAGUCCACAUUACAGGGACGAGCAGGACAGAGCAGUUAAGAUUUUAUUUCCGGUUGAUCACAAAAUUUAAUGAAAAUGUCCAGUGUUCAGACAAGUUUGCCUUAUUUGAUGAUGACACCCUCUCUCAGUGCCACUAUCAAUGUCACCACAAUGCAACCUGAAAUAUUUAAAAUGUCACUGUACGUUAUGAUUUUAAUAUCAUAUUUACAAAUUUGAUGGCGUUUUCUAUCAUAUGUGAUCCUUGGUGAACACAGGGUGUUACGCUAUCAAGAAUUACACACUGAACUUAAUGAUCUAUAUAUGAUCCAAAAGGCUAAAGGGAGUCGGUAUUUUUCAUAAGGUCUGCUGGGCUUACACCGCGAGGCUCCAUCUCUUAACUGUUGAAUAUUUUGUCUUGCUGAGCUCAUUCUGAGAACAUAAAGGUACAUACACGUCCAGCUUCAUGAAGUAAGUGCAUUGUUAUGAAUUGUACGCAGAUUAUCUGAUGAUGGGUACUGAUCAGUCAAUCUAAAGUGAACCCUUUUGUCAGUGAAUGUUUGAGUGAAAAUUCUGUUUUCUAUGAACAUCCUUUUAAAUGAUGCUGCAAAUGUUAAUUAAAUAAACCUACUUCAACUUGA